CAUCUCCGGCAUCGAGGUUGUUGGUGUUGCAACCUUCUAUUCCUGGUCUUGUGUUUGACAUGACGACGUGGGUACAAGAGGUUUAGAAGAGUGGGUCUAGAUGAGUCUUGAUUUAAUGAAAAUAGAGGAGAGAGCUUACCGGCCGUGUGAAGAUUGGCCUUGAGGACAACUUGAAGAGCUUAUGGAUAGUUAAAGAGUGUGGCUAUGAGUCAUGGUUCGGAGAUUCUUCGCUGACGACCAUGAGAUUGUAAUAGAAAUACGAGGCAAUCUUCUUUUCUUUCUGUUUGUGUAGGAUUGGCAUUACAAGAUGGCAAUGCUAUCUCAAGGACUCAAGUGCUUCACGUCUCCGCUCUUUCAGUCGUCUUGCACCCGAUUAAGCCACCCUCGUGUGUGCUUGCGCAAUCCAACUGGGAGUUGGAGUUGGGAGCUGGAUUUCGCGACGCCACAUCCUUGUCGCGGUUCCAGACGAGCAUGUGGGCGUCUUCUUGUGACAGCAUCUGAAGGAAAGAAAGGGCUUCUGAGACAUGGGAGCUGGGGGGAAGUUGCUGAGCGGGAUCAGCAGCAAAGAUUACUGCAAGUGGUGUUGGUUUCACCCCAGAUACCAGGAAAUACAGGAAGUAUUGCAAGAACUUGUGCAGCCACUUGUGUUGGGUUACAUCUUGUUGAGCCGAUGGGAUUCAAGGUUGAGGAUUCUAAGCUGAGGAGGGCAGGACUGGACUACUGGCCAUUCGUAGUGGUGAGGGUGCACAAGUCUUGGGAUGAUUUUUUUACCUAUUUUCAAGAACAGGAGGGUGAGAAACGGCUCCUUGCAUUCACUAAGAAGGGUCGUACUAUUCACACGGAUGUGAAGUACAAGGCUGGAGACUGGCUUGUAUUUGGGUCAGAAGUGGACGGCUUACCUGCUGCAAUUCUAGAACAAUGCCGCUCUGGUGAGUUUGCCGGAGGCUCUGUGCGAUUCCCCAUGAACGACAGCUAUGUACGUUCACUAAAUCUCUCUGUGGCGGCUGGAAUUGGUGUUUACGAAGCUCUCCGUCAAUUGGAUUCUCACACGAAUUACAGCACUUUGGACGUCAUUCCCAGUCAGCCUGUGGAGGCUCUGCACAAUGAUAUAUACGCUUGACUUGAUUAUGGUGCAAUUCUUCGGACAGGCAAGAUUGAAGUUCAUAUGAAUGUGUUGGUGGAUAUACAAGUCCUCACAAGAGCAUCACUUGAGCUCCCUUUGAGCUACUUGCUCAUCUUUCACGCGAAAAUUAGGCAUUUACCAUGUUCUUAUUUCAGAAUUGAUUUUUAUUACACAUCACCCAUCGUUAUUAAUAUUAUUGGCAAAGAUGAUGUGGUUAAUUUUGUUA